AAAAUAAGACAUCUCAUGUAUGUGCUAUGUUGCUGCGCUCAUUCGCUCGCUUGCUCCCUCCCUCGGGGCUGCGCAGAUGCGGGAAGCGCCGCACAGUGAGCAGCUGUGAUUACACCGUCAUGGACACGAGCGCACUACAUCGGAGUUGAAUCGGGACGUUGCCAACAACAAAAACAAAGACAUUAGCACUCCCCGAAUUUUCGUCGGAUUGUAACGGAUUCCGGCGUCGCUCUUGUGAUUGGAAUAUGCCCAGCCAACGGACUCCCACAACAUGACAGCGUCGCGCUGGAGAAACUCCUGCUCCCGCGCUUCAUGAAGAGUCUCGAGGCCACAGAGCCGCCGACGCGCCGCCAGAUGUGCUGCUGUUAACUGCAGCCAACAACACAGCAGCCCGACGACACUCAACGCCUCCUUUUUGCAUUUCCCCUUCUGUGAAAGACAUGACAUCGGCUGUCCUGUUUGAGGAGCAGCUGGGCGAACUGCCCGACUAGCAUGUGCGGCUAAUUUCGGUGUACGUUAGCGGCUAAUUAGCGCACGACAACCGCGACACUCCAACGGCUGUCAGGACAGAGACCCGGACACUUUUACACUCUUUAAAACUGCUCAGUUUUAUUCCCAAAUAGUUUUUCGCCACAGAAUGAAGUGUUUCGCGUAUCCAAACGCCUUACUGGCCCGUAUAUGUGGUAGAGUUUGAGUUUGUUUUGAGUGUGUGUGCGCGCCGUGAGAGCGGCUAAACUUGGGAGGUUGUUCCCGGUGCUGGGAACGCACGGGGCCGAUGCAGAGCAGCGCGGGCGGCGGCCGCAGGCAUGCAGCACGACUUCGGCUCCAGCGAGGAGAACAGCGCGAAAUGGCGAGGCCUGUUCGUGCAGGCGCUGCGAAAGGUGCAGUUACAAGUGCAUCCAAACCUGUCGGCUAAAGAAGACGCACUCCAGCACAUUGAGGCGCUCAUACUACAGCUCCUAAACAAGCUGUGUGUUACACAGCCCAGAACAAUAGCUGAUGUCGAGGAUCGUGUCCAGAAGACGUUCCCGAACCCCAUCGAUAAAUGGGCCAUGUCAGACGCUCAGGGUGCGAUAGAGAAGCGCAAGCGAAGGAACCCACUGUUGCUGCCCGUUGAUAAGAUACAUCCACUACUGAAGGAGGUGCUGGGCUAUAAGAUCGACUAUCAUGUGUGUCUGUAUAUUGUUGCUGUGCUGGAGUACAUCUCAGCCGACAUCCUCAAGCUGGCUGGAAACUAUGUGAGCAACAUUCGACAUUAUGAGAUCAGCCAGCAAGACAUCACUGUCUCCAUGUGUGCUGACAAGGUUUUAAUGGAUAUGUUCGAUCAGGAAGAGGAGAUGGGGCUGGUGUCUCAGAGUGUAGAGGAGGUGUCUUCCUCUGGUGUGCUCACAUAUGAUGACCUUGUGCGUCUGGAGAUCGCUGAGGAGCGUCAGUAUCUGCGGGAACUCGAUCUCAUCAUCAAAGUAUUCCGCCAAGCCUUUACGCACAGUAGCAAACACUUUUCUGCUCAGGAUGUGGAGCUGGCAUUCAGUAAUAUUCUAGAGGUUCAUGAGUUAACAGUUAAGCUGUUGGGUCUCAUUGAGGAUGCUGUAGAAAUGACAGCUGAUGGGAGUCCACACCCCCUUGUGGGCAGCUGCUUCGAAGACCUCGCUGAGGAGCAGGCGUUUGAUCCCUAUGAGACACUCUCUCAGGACAUCCUCUCUAAAGAAUUCUGUCAACAUUUCAACACUCUGAUGUCCCGCCCCACUGUUGCUCUGUACUUCCAGUCAAUUGCAGAGGGAUUUAAGGAGGCAGUGCAGUAUAUGCUUCCUCAGUUGAUGAUGGUUCCCGUUUACCACUGCAUGCACUACUUUGAACUGUUACAGCAAUUGCAGGAGUGCAGUGAAGAACAAGAUGACAGAGAGUGUUUAAAACAGGCACAGACUGCACUGAUCAACCUACAAUGCAGCAUUGAACGCAUAUAUGCUAAACACCAACCGCGGCGCAAACAAUGGGAGCCACUGUAUCGGUUAUAUAGUCGUGCAUCACGCAGUAAGCAGGCAGCAAUAAAGCGUAUGAAUGACAUCCAGAGGAGUAUUGAUGGCUGGGAGGGUAGAGAUAUCGGCCAGUGCUGCAGCCAGUUCAUCAUGGAGGGGGCGCUCCUACGAGCCGGAGCCAAGCACGAACGCCAUAACUUUCUGUUCGACGGCCUCAUGAUAAGCUGCAAAGCCAAUCAGAGCUCCAGGUUGCCAGGGGCGGGCAGUGGGGCAGAGUUUCGUCUGAAAGAGAAGUUUGUUUUACGCAAGUAUCGCAUUGUAGAUCGUGACGAUUCGCCAGAGUUUCGUCACGCGUUUGAGCUGGUGGGCCGCGAGGAAAGCGGUGCCGUGUUUAGCGCGCGUUCAGCGGAAGAGAAGUGUGCGUGGAUGGCUGCGCUGGUCACACUGCAGUACCGGCCAACGUUGGACCGCAUGCUGGACACCGUCCUGCACCGCGAGGAACAAGCGCAACCGCUGAGGCUGCCGUCACCGGACGUCUACCGGUUCGCCAUACAGGAUUCUGAGGAGAACAUUGUAUUUGAGGAGGGAGCGCAGAGCAAGACUGGAAUUCCUAUUAUUAAGGCCGGGACAGUUGUCAAGCUUAUUGAGAGAUUGACAUACCACAUGUAUGCAGACCCAAAUUUCGUGCGUACGUUUCUGACUACGUACCGUUCUUUCUGUAAACCACAAGAACUGCUCACACUACUGAUUGAAAGGAUUGAGAUUCCAGAGCCAGAGCCAUCAGAAGCAGACUUAGAGGCACUUUGGAAUGGAGAGCAACCAAUGGCAGCCGAGCUUCAGAGAUUUCGCAGAGAAUAUGUGCAGCCUGUCCAACUCAGGGUUCUGAAUGUGUUCCGUCAGUGGGUAGAACAUCACUUUUAUGACUUUGAGAAUGAUCCUGAACUCAGCUGUGGACUUGAAGAAUACCUCACCAGCACCACACAACUUAGAGGUAAAUCGAUGCGCAAGUGGGUGGAGUCCAUCAUCAAAAUCAUGAGGCGGAAGAAACAAACUCAAUCUAAUGGCAUCAGUCACAACAUCACCUUUGAGAGCCCGCCCCCUCCUAUUGAAUGGCACAUCAGCCGUCCUGGGAGCAUUGACACCUUUGACCUCAUGACCCUUCAUCCCAUAGAAAUUGCUCGUCAGUUAACACUUCUAGAGUCUGAUCUGUACAGAGCCGUGCGUCCAUCUGAGCUGGUAGGAAGCGUUUGGACAAAGGAAGAUAAAGAGAAGAAUUCUCCCAAUCUGCUAAGGAUGAUUCGACACACUACCAACCUCACAUUGUGGUUUGAAAAGUGUAUAGUAGAGGCUGAAAAUGUGGAUGAGAGGGUUGCUGUAUUCUCUCGUAUUAUUGAGAUCCUGCAGGUGUUUCAAGAGCUCAAUAACUUUAAUGGAGUUUUGGAGAUUGUAAGCGCCAUCAACUCAGUACCGGUGUAUCGUCUUGACCACACGUUCGAGGCCGUGCCUGAGAGGAAGAGGAGGAUUCUAGAGGAAGCUGUUGAACUCAGUCAGGAUCAUUUUAAGAAAUACCUCGCCAAGCUCAAAUCCAUCAACCCGCCUUGUGUACCUUUCUUUGGUAUCUACCUGACUAACAUUCUAAAGACUGAAGAGGGAAAUCCGGAUUUUCUGAAACGUGAUGGAAAAGAACUGAUCAACUUCAGCAAAAGACGCAAAGUAGCAGAAAUCACUGGAGAAAUCCAGCAGUACCAGAACCAACCCUACUGCCUCAAAGUAGAACACGAUAUAAAGAGGUUUUUUGAGAAUCUGAAUCCAAUGGGAAACAUGGGCGAGAAGGAGUUUUGUGACUACCUGUUCAACAAAUCUCUAGAGAUCGAACCACGGAACUGCAAACAGCCACCUAGAUUUCCUAGAAAGACUAUGUAUUCUCUGAAGUCUCCUGGCGUUCGGCCGGUGCGGCAGGCGUCAGGAGGAGGAGGGACGCUGAAAGGUCACCCAGUGCCAUUAGAACGAGAACCACCUCACAAAAUCACCUUCAGGAGCAUCGCAGAAACAGAACCUGAGACCCCCCCUUCUCUCCCAACCUCUCCAAACACACCCACACCUCCGCAGUCUGCCAGCUCUGACCUCAACUCUGUGUUCAUGGAUCCUGACCUGAGCAGCUCCUAUGGUAACAACAGCAUAUUUGUCCCAGUUUUGCUGCCCCAGUCCAAAUUUCAGUCUGUGUCGUGUGGCAGUUUACACCAUUUGAUUGGCGAUGAGCUGCUGAAACCCCCUCCUUUACCUCCUCGCAGGAAAGAUACCUCUUCAGAGACCAAGUUGAGUUCCAGGCCCGAAAGUCCUCCCGCCAUUCCACCACGACAGCCACCGCCUCCUCGUCUGCAACCACGUGUUCCGGUGAUCAACGGGCCGUCAGACGGGCCACUUCCGAGCCCACCGCCCCCUCCGCCCCGUGACCCCCUGCCGGACACACCUCCGCCAGUUCCACAACGACCGCCGGAGAUCUUCAUCAACUACCCCGUGAACAUGCAGCCGUCUCCAGGAGGCCGUUUCCACUGGGACUUCACCAGCUCGCCUAGCACUCCCAACACCCCUCCCGGCACGCCCUCACCCCGUGCCCCGCCCCCUGGCACGCCUUCUCCACGUGUGCCUCGGCGCCCCUGCACGCCCAGCGGCAGCCAACCCAUACUGGUCCACUUGCCCCCACCCACUCCGGCUCCUCCCAUCCCGCCUCGGCACAACUCCACCCCUGCGCUGCCAAAACUGCCGCCCAAGACUUACAAGAGAGAACUCUCUCAAUCCACACACACUCUCUCACAGCCAUCCAUACACACUCUCUCGCUAGUCGACAACAGGGACAGCAACGAAUAAAAGCAUCACGCACUAAAAUACAGGCGCGAGUGUGUGUGUUUUAACAACAUUAACCUGGAACCAGACAAUCUGAUGCUAAUACAAACCUGAAGACACUCUUGAGGAAUGUGAUUAUCACUCAUUUUUCACGCAAGGUCAUGUGCUCAGCACAUUCACUGAUGGAAAUGCUGCUUCGAGGCCUUUCACCACCGUCAGACUCUGCUGUGGAUGUUUAUUUGGUUGCAGGUCAAAGGUCAACCAGGGUUCAACCCGAACACCCUCAGCACGCCUCUCUUCGGUUGCCUUUAACUCACAGCCGUGACCUUGACCAGAGAUUGUACCCUUCAGGUGAACUCUUGACAGAGCUUUUUCCUUACACUAUUUAAAGCCAAUAUGAUGUCUUAACCCCUCCCCAUAAAGGCGUACUCAUCUAUUCGUCGAUUCAUCACAAGCCCCGCCCCCUGUACUUACGCCCCGUGAUUUCCGCACCAGACUCUUAACGUGCCUUCGAUAUCAGUACUGAACAAAUUUAAGUGUCUGAAAGCAUUCGCCUUGACCAUGCUUAGAACAAACGUCUAGACUCCACCUCCGUUCGUCGUCCGUUCGUGCGCGUGCGCUUCAAGUAUUCUGUACAGAGUGACAUAUCUGCCCUCACUACUCACCUCGGCGCCGUGGCGGCCCAGUUGCUGAUGUAUCUACUGACAAUCUCAGUCUGAGACCCACCGGAUUCACACACUGUUGUAGAGUGUUUGGUGUGGACCAGUGUCAAGUUUGUGUGUCUUAAUAGUGUGCGGUGAGCCUUUUUUGCACUUUAGGGCAGUACUGUUACAGAAGCAGAGGACUCAAACUCACAAUCCUGUGACCUUAUGACCCUGUCCUGCUAACCCCCGUCCUCUGGGCUGGUCAGGACAACCGUCGGGGCUGUUUCCCAAACUCAUGAACUUUGGGACACGGCGCCGCGGUCAGAAUGUUCUAUUGUAAAUCACGCCUCCUGCUCUCAUUCAGGUCCGCUCCAUCAACCGAACCAGGUCCGUACAGGAAGGGCUUCAUCACCAGAGCAAUUCCUACUCAAUCGACCACGGAAAUGGUCUCCGAGGCGAUCAGCCAUAGAGGGACUGCAGUGUUUUGUAGUGAUGUCACAUCCUGUAUGUGUAGAUUCUCAUCCUGGCCACUCCCACUGAGAUGAUUGGUUUGAAGUGUUAGUAAUUCCCAAAAACUCACUGUUUGUUUGUAUGUGUGUGUGCGUGUGUGUGUGUGUGUGUGUGUGCGUGUGCGUGUAUGAGUGUGAGCAUUCAAGGCCUGUAACUGCUUUUGUACCAUGUUCUCCAUGAGACUCAUUAAUAAACUCGCAGUCUUAUUUUCUA